CUGCAUGAUCUAGGGAAAACGCUUCCUUCCAACCGAUGGAUAUCUCGCUCGCGUACGCCGUCUUCGGCGCGCGCCACGCGUCCACCGCCCAUGCCUUAUCCACCCACCCACCGCCCACCGCCCACCGCCCAUGCCUUAUCUUCUUUUGCUUCGGUCUUCUUCUUCUCCCCUCCACCAAAUCAGCCGAGCCCCUUCUCUCCUCCAUCAAAUCGGGGGAGGAAACGACGGCGACCACCGCAGCUAGCAUCUCUGUCGCAGCAGUUGCGUUGCGUCGCCCGUCGCGUGCUUCAUCGGAGCACCCGGGUCGCCGUCGCAGCGCAGACGGCGCCACCGCGUGCGCGUGGCGGUGCUGCAGUGGAGCGCUUGUCGCCGGCUCCCGGUGCUGUGGCGCGGCGCUCGCACGGUGGACUGGAGCUCGGUGCUGCAAGGAAGCUUCACUGGCGGCGCCCGAAGCACCCCGUCGCCAUCGCAGCUGCAUACGCCGCGGUGUUGCAAUGGAGCGGUCGGCGGCGGCUCCCGGUGGUGCGAUGCAGCGCUUGCGCGGCGGCCCGGAGCUCCGUGCUGCAACGGUGCGUCGCCGGCGGCUGCAAUGGAGCUUCACCUGCGAAGCCCAGAGCUGUGAAGCAGCGCCCGGCGCUCCAAUGGAGCUUCACCGGCGAGCCCGGAGCUGCUCUGCAGCGGGUCGUGCGGCGUUGGAGCUCCGCCGGGGCUGCAAUGGAGCUCAGCCGGGGUUGCAAUGGAGCCGCCGGAGCUGCAGUGAAGCACGGCGAAGGGUCGUCAAGAUUUCGUCGGGGUUGCAAUGGAGCCGCCGGAGCUGCAGUGAAGCGCGCCGGAGCUGUAGUGGAGCAUGCCGGAGGUUGUCGAAACUUCGUUGAGGUUGCAAUGGAGCGCCGGCGGCUCCCGGUGCUGCAUCGCAGCGUCGCCGGCGGCUACAUGCGGCGGUGGGUGCUGCUAUGGAGCGCUCGCCCAGCGACACCUGAUCCUGCGAUGGACAGCUCGUCGGGGUCUCGUGCGUGCUUGGAGAUCAAAGCAGAGCAGAGACUGGGUGGUGCGAUGCAAGGAGAAGAAGGUGUGGCGUUGACAUAUCUAAGAGCUGAGAGAAACAGAUCGGAGGGCUGGCAACCCGACUGAUUUUCGCCAGAAUAUCAGUCGGUUGACGCCUAGCACUGGCCAUGAUCUAGCGGCUAUGUUGGUGCUAGCGUUUUUUGGAGCCGAGGAGUCAAGGAAGGUGGAGCCAACGAACGGGACGGAGUGCGGGAGGUUGAACGCAAAUCUGGCCACCGAGCCGCCCCAUUGAAAUAUCGAGAGGUGGAUGGACAGAGAACCAACGCAUGCAAGUUUUGAUUACCGUUUAUUAUGCAUGGCAAGCAAGGGACGCAUGGACGCUUGCGUUCAGUUUUUUGCUAACUAUUUGUUGCACUUAUGCUCGCGAUAGUUAAGGUGAAAUAGGCGAGGAAAAUCAAAAGAAUUGCUGACAUGGCUAGAUGAUGAUGUGGACGGGCUGCAUGUUGAGAGAAUAGGGAGAAGUGGGGAGCAACUUCUUAAGAAUGGUAGAUGUCUACUAAUUUAAAAGGUUCGUGAAUUUAAGAAA